AUGCCGAAAAGAAUCAUCCUCAGCUUCACCGCGCGGCCGAACCAGGCCAACCACGACACCCUCAAAGACGAAAUUCGAGGCUUGAAACGGGAAAUAGAAAAUCUCGAAGAUGGCUCAGCUAAGCGACUGAAAAUGACCGAAGACUGCCUAUCCUACGAACUCGACUUGAAUAUCAACGAGCUAGAAAGAACGAACAUACAGCUCAAAAUGAAUAGUAUCACAAAAAGGCAGGCCGUCCAAUUCAAUGAGCAACUCUGGGAUCAACGAAUCAAUCUCAACGGUCUCCGUUUCCGGGCCUCAGUGGACCUUUACAAUAGCGAAUUGCCCGACAUGAAGGAGAUGAAUAUCAGAUCAAACCAGAACAGGAUGAACGCCCGGCUCGCUGUCAAUCUCUACUUCACCAAAACUAAUCAAAAGCCAUGCACCGGGCUCGAAAAGGUCCCGAAUCGAAAAAACGACCUGACGCAGAGGAAAUUCAGAACAGAAUUGAUUGAUGCUUAUAACUCAAGAGACCCUACGGAUCCUACCUUCUUAUGGUGUCCAGUCUUAAGAGAUUAUUUCGAUCCGAGUCUAAUGACAGCGGCCCAUCUCAUGCCAUACGCUAUGCCGGACAAAUUCAUUGAAGAAGUUUGCGGACCCGGCUCGUCUCUAUAUAAGAUGACGCCGGAAAAUGGGUUAAUGCUCAAUUUUCGAGUCGAAAAAGCCUUCGAUAUGGGCCACAUGAAAUUACCUUUCCCAUAA